AUGCUAUUUUCCUUUAUGAUUUUAUUUUUGCUCUUUCAAGUUUCAAUUUCGUUGCCAAUUGUCGCUGAUCAAAAAUGUAAGGUUAAAAGUUAUUAUCUUCUCCAAAGUCCACUUAAAAACUUCUCAACUAAUAAAAUCAAUAAUUUUUCAGCAUGGAUUGACGAUCGUCUUUGCGUCUUGAAAAUGGGAUCAACAUGUCCAAGCGGAUUUGAAGAGGAUAACAUCAAACUGUCUGUUCAAACUGAUGUUAAUCCCAGGGUUUGUAAUUUUCAAAUCAAAUUAAAUAGAGAAAAAAUACUUCUGAAAAAAGAGAUUAGUAUGAAUCACCAAAAAGCUUUUUUGAAUGGCUUCAUUUUUCGAAAACUAAAACUUGAGUGAGUGGUUUUUUGCUCUCUCUUAUUCUCAUGAUUCUUCUAACAAUAAACAUGUAGAACAAGAAAAACUUUGUUAUCAUAAAUAAUCCAAUAAUUCUGCUCACUGAUAAAAACAAUUUUUAAUCAUUUUCAUUAUCCUAAUUUUAAUUUUUUCAGGACACUGACAUUAAUGGAGAUCGAUUGAUAAAAAUGGGGAAAGCUGGAGAAACAUCAUUGACUCGAGAUACUUAUGAUUCGGUUUAUACACUUACCUUAGUAACGUGUUGUAAAUAA